AUGGCAGACCCGACGCUAUACCUAUACACUUCGCUUACGGCAGGCUCGUCACAUAUCAUAACGGCUACGUCCCGACUUGAAACCAUCCUGAAGGCCAACAAGAUCCCUUUCCGGGCCUUAGACGUCGCUACUGACGAUAAAGCGCGGAGUCUUUGGGGAAGAAGAUCACGAGGUAGGAAACUACCGGGUCUGGUCAAGUUCGGGCAAGUCAUAGGCGACCUGGAUCAGAUCGAAGAAUGGAACGAAUUCGGCGAGCUACACGAGCAGAUCGAGUCUGCGGACGACUUCCUCGACGGCUCAGCCGCACCAGUCAAUCCCAACGCAAUCUCUCUGCGACCAGAGCCUGCUCCUGGAGUCGCAAAUCAAUUGACACCCAUUCAGCCAGCCCCUGGCGGUAUUAAAAAAGAUCCAAAAGCUACAUCAGCAACCUCAUCUCUGGCCUCGUCGGAGACUCGACACAUUUCGAUAACAGAGCCAACAGCCCUAGAACGAGAAGGACGGAGUCCAAUAGCAACCCCUUCAGAGAAUCCCAUGACUAUGACUAUGCGUCAACUAGGGGCAGAAGCUGCUGCAAGAGCCAAAGACAGAAAGACUUCUGGAGCAAUACCAAAGUCCGUCCCUGUCAGCAGCCCAUCAGCCAAGUCAGACAUACCUCUUUCUCCGCCUGCAGCCACUACAGACGCGAAGGAGCGGGAGGCAAGUGAUCCAAGUCAAGCCCCGGAAGUGACUGCAGCAAAGGCUCCAGCGCAAUUGGCCGCCGAGGGAGUGAAGAGGACCAGCGUGGACAAGAUCGAGGCGGCAAGCGCAUCAACAGGCAAUACAACAACAUCCACAUCAAUCGAUUCAGACGCCAGGAAAGACUCCGGACCAACAAGUCCCGGCACAGCAAGUACUGAAGAGCAGCUCCUCAAUCUGCGGAGGCAGAGUACGCAGACUGCUGUGCCAUCCAAGCUUGCAGAGUCCGUCAGUGCAGCUCCUGAAGGUGAACCAACCGAGAACGAAACCCCUGCGUCUGAUGCUAUACCUAAGACAGACGAAGACCCCAAAAUCGACAGUGAUGUCGAGCCACCUGUUGCGGAAGCCAACACCGAUGCAACACCAGACGGAGGGAGACAAACUUCGUCAGCUCAAACCGCAGAGCCUACCGAUCAAGCCAGCUCCGAUCAGCCGGCCUCUAAAGCCGCGGAAGUCGAUGCCCAUGCUCCAGCAGCUGCGUCACUCAAUGCACCGUCGAGCGACCUGGGAUCAAACCCAGAAGAGCAUAUACGGGACUCGUCAAUCGUGGAAGCAGAUAAGAGCAAGGUCAAAGAAGUCGAGCAGUCCAUCAAGAUAGAUGAGCGUCCUGAGGAGGAGGCCAAAUCCGGCGUAGAAGACUCCACAGAAACCUCCGUGUCAAAGCCAUCUGAAACUCCCAAAGGGUCAUCGACGGAAGUACCUGAGACUGCGUCGAAGACUGUCGAGGACGAGGAGAAGCUGGUAGAGCCACAGAAGGGCGAUGCGAAGGACUCGGAAGCGGCUACGGAGAGUGUGAAAGACUAG